UAAAAUCUUCAGAAAAGAAAAACACGGCUGCCACCGCCAGGUGACCGUCAAACAUGGCUGCCUGGAGUACCUUGGCGAAGCCGCAGCAGACUUCUGCAGUCCUGCAGGGCAUCAGGCGCCUCCUGGCACCAAACGCAACCUCUGACUUGCGACAUGGCAUCACUCAGCAAAUCCGCUGUGGAGGAGGCCACCACAAUGAGAUGUUCAUCACCCCAUCUCGCUUCCAGUGGAACAAGUGCAAGGACAUGGUCCACUACUACGUUUUCCUUGGUGUCAUCCCCUUGAGCUUGAUCACUUUCUUCGUCAACAUUUAUGUUGGGCCUGCCACCCUGACCCCAAUCCCAGAAAAUUACAAACCAAAAUACUGGGAAUACUAUAGGCAUCCAGUCACGAGGUUCAUCUCAAGAUACAUUAUGCCCAACCCCCAGAUGGAGUAUGAAAGGCAUAUGAACGUUUUGCACGAGGAGGAGGAGAGGAGGCAACUUUACUUGCUCGAGAAAAAGGUGAAGCAGCUGAUGGCUGAGCGCAGCGACUACCAGGCAUAUUACUACAGUCCGAACACGGCCAUCAAGUACUACAGGAAAAUGAAGGAGGUCAAGAAAGAAGAAAAGGACCGCCAAGGUGACAAUUUGUAGAAACGCCAUCGCUAUUUUGUCUCUUAGUUGAAGAAUAAAUCUGUUGUAUGUAAAUAUGGUUAAAUAUGAA